UGGUACAAGUAACUUGAACAGAGUGUCUGUUCUCUGUUCACUGGAGACUUCAACUAGAGCACUGACUGGCAUCGUCUAAAUCAGCCUUUAGUUUGUGUCCGUACUGUCCGUUUAUCCGCCGCGAAUAUCGUGUGUACCGAAGUCGUACCGGUCGCCGAGUAGGGGCCUCCCCCCGUAGUGCGUUAUAAUGAAAAAAUAAAACAUUUUAGUGGUGUCUGUCAGUGAUUGAGUAGCCGCUGGACCGCCGCCAUGGCGGAUGUCCCCGGUGGGAACGGUGGGAGCUACCGCAAUAUUCGAGGCAAUUAUUUGGGAGCAACGUUACCAGAACAUAUGGAUCCGGCUGGUGAACACGGUCCAAAUCGGAAGGAGGUUUUUCGUGAACUCGAGGUCCUUGGAUGUUUAAUCUAUAUAAAUCAGGCGGAAGCAUUUCCCACGUCAACCGAACCAAAUUGAUCACUUCCCCUGUUGUUCGCAAUAUGGCUGGAGCAGCAUUAACUGUUGUGGUAGAAAAACUGAAUGAGUUUGCACCUGAAAAUUUGGCGGAAAAAUGGGAUAACGUUGGGUUGCUGAUUGAGCCGUUUACUAGAAGAAACAUAAAUAAAAUCCUGCUAACCAACGACCUCACAGAGAAUGUCAUGAGUGAAGCUUUGGCUAGGAGUACAGACAUGAUUAUUUCAUAUCAUCCCCCAAUUUUCGCUCCGCUGAAAAGAAUUACUCAGAAGUCAUGGAAGGAACGUAUCGUUUCGAUUUGUCUGGAGAACAAAAUAGCGCUCUAUUCACCCCAUACUAGUUGGGAUAGUGUUACCAACGGAGUCAAUGAUUGGCUGGCGUCUUCCCUUCCACUGGCUAGUGCGCAGCCAAUCUUAGAAAAUUUAAAUAACCCUUCUAUAGGGGCCGGAAGGCUUUGCGUUGUCCAAGGUGAGAUAACGCUUGGUGCUGCGGUGGAUCGCAUCAAAGCAUAUACAAAACUGAAGGAUCUGAAGCUUGCCGUGGCUGUUAAUAGGAACCUAGAAACUCCUAUUAGAACGUUUGCCGUUUGUGCUGGUUCUGGAACAAGUGUACUGAAAGGCGUUAAGGCUGAUCUCUAUAUAACAGGAGAAAUGUUUCACCACGAUAUUCUUGAUGCGAAUCAUCAAAAUAUUCAUGUUAUUCUAUUGAACCACAGCAAUUCUGAGCGUGGAUAUUUGCAAAUAUUCCGCGAAAUUUUACGUAAUAUGCUCAAAGAUUACCAGGGUAUACAAAUCGAUAUUUCAGAACAGGAUGCUGACCCGCUUCAGACUUACUGAUUUCCGGUGUACCACUGGUAACCCACGCAGCAAGCCCCUGGACAACUGCAACAACAGCACAUGCACCAGCAGCAUCAGCAACUGUCGUCACAAUUGUCCAGCGGUAGCAGCAGCACAACAACCAGUGGCAAUCGCCCCCUUCCGCCAGCCAGCAUCCCAAGACAGCCACCUGCAAAACAGAAGCGAGUCGUUUGCAGUAACAAGAAGCGAAAAGCUAAAUAAACUGAUUCAGUUUCGUCGUAGACGAAAUGAGAACUGAAUUAACUUUAAUCCCCUUUUCAACACCAAAACACGCACAGACACAUUUUUUCAGAUUUGAACCAACUCGAUUUUGUUGUCCUCGUUUAUUCUACUUUAUCACUGGAAGGUGACUUUUGUCGGGCUGAGCAGAUAUGAGUCAAACUGCUCAAAAUUGAAUCGGGUCGAACUGGGGGGAAUGGGGGAAUUUAAUUCAGAUAUCUGAGGAUGAAGGUAGAUAAUGGUGAUCUAUAUUCAGCUCGGGUAACAAUCUUACGUUGCAAUUUGCGCUCUCAUAAAUUAAAAUGUAUGGCCAUCUUUAUAUUCCUCAUUAACUGCUUCGAGUAUCACUCGGAAAAUAUAAAAAACCACGAUUAAUGAAUUAUUUAAUAAUCUCUGUUCAGUUUCAUUCUACUCAACGAAUAUCAAUAGUCUGAAUACAGAGACAUAAUCAUAAAAAUCAACUCUAAUAAUAAAAAAGUAAAGGAAUUGAUUGGGUUUUCGCACGAACAAAUACAUUAAAUGUACGUCAUUUAAAGACAGGAAAAAAACCGUAAUAUCUGUAUCGUACUUAAGCUUCAGUCAUUUCGGACCCAAAACGAAAACAAUGUGUUAAGAACAGUCAGUAGAUAAGUGUAAACAUUUUUAUGGACAAACUGCAUUUACGAGUGGUUUACUCUGGUAUACGUAUUGUGAAUCAUUAGAAUAAAGUAACGACUUCGUUUUUAUUUUUGUACUUUGAAUAACCGAAACCAAAAUCAACAAAACUGUUCGAAACGUUGGUUCACAAUGCUGACCCCUUAUACAAUAGAGAAAAUCAAAUUUUACAUGGAAUAAAUCAUAC